AUGCCUCCCAGGAUGCUAGUGGCACCACUGCCACUGCAUUUCCUGUUGGCAGCAGUGAGCAGUGAAAACCGAAGCGGAGCAGGCAGUGGCCCAGGCAGAAAUAGCUCCGGCGCGAUUCACUGGAGCUUUCCCAGGGCCCUGGUCCUGGCUACCGGGACUCGCGCGUCCGGAUCUCAAAAGCGGCAGAGGCCACCUAAGGGACAGGAAGUACUUUGGUCCAGACCACACUCCCGGUACAGUGCAGAGAGAGCCGGUGGGAGCCACUCUGAUCCCGGACGCCUCAGCCCCCGCUUGGGCUCUAGCUUGCCCUCGGGCGGGGGAAGGAUGACCGCGCUGCCAGGACGCGCUCCUCUCCACACCGUCCCGGGCGUUCUGGGCCCCUGGCUGCUGGGCUGCCUCUGGGCCUGGACCCUGUGCGGCCUGUGCAGCCUGGGGGCGGUGGGAGCCCCGCGCCCGUGCCAGGCGCCGCAGCAGUGGGAGGGGCGCCAGGUUAUGUACCAGCAAAGUAGCGGGCGCAACAGCCGCGCCUUGCUUUCCUACGACGGGCUCAACCAGCGCGUGCGGGUGCUGGACGAGAGGAAGGCGCUGAUCCCCUGCAAGAGAUUAUUUGAAUAUAUUUUGCUGUAUAAGGAUGGAGUGAUGUUUCAGAUUGAGCAAGCCACCAAGCAGUGCUCGAAGAUGACCCUGACAGAGCCCUGGGACCCUCUUGACAUUCCUCAGAACUCCACCUUUGAAGACCAGUACUCCAUUGGGGGGCCCCAGGAGCAGAUCAUGGUCCAGGAGUGGUCGGACAGAAAGUCAGCUAGAUCCUAUGAAACCUGGAUUGGCAUCUAUACAGUCAAAGAUUGCUAUCCUGUCCAGGAAACCUUUACCAAAAACUACAGUGUGAUAUUGUCCACGCGGUUUUUUGACAUCCAGCUGGGUAUUAAAGACCCCUCGGUGUUUACCCCUCCAAGCACGUGCCAGAUAGCCCAACUGGAGAAGAUGAGGGAAGACUGCUCCUGGUGAACCUGCGCAUAGGGAAGUGGCAGCAUCAGAUGUCAGCCCCCUGUGGUCCCAGCUGGAGAUAGAUAUGAGACUAGUCAAGAUGAGAGUGCUAAUUGGAGAGAAAUAUAAUUUCAGGAAGAUGCACAUUGAUGUGGGGUUUUGAUAUGUCUGAUUUUGACUACUCAAGCUAUGUUAACAGAAGAAAAUUGAAAGGCGAGGGUGUGGCCAUAUGAGCUAACUGUGACUAAUAUGGACACUUUGGGUACACAAUGCAGUGCCAUGCAAAUAGGGAGGGGUCAGUAAGAGAAGUUUGUCUUGGCAGCAAGUAUUUAUUGUUGACAUUAUUCAGAAUUGGUGGUGAUAAUAAAAGGCAGGGUGAUUUUGGUCAAUUUUAUGAUUAAUUCUUAAGUUCCCUGCAGAGAAUGCCCCCUUUAUUGCUGCACCAGGGUGGGCAUUGCUCCCACUGAACCCUACUCCACCCUGCCCCUGCACUCCCUUGGUUGCCAAAAAAAUGAUACCUUAAAUCCCCUCCAGACUGAAGAAUUGUAUGGCAUGACCCAAUUGAUAUAAACAUUUGGAAGGAAAUGAAAAGCUAAAAUAGGAAGUAAUUAUUCCUCUAAAGAAACAUAUUAAGCAAGACAGUUUAGAGAAUCCUAAUGUCUACACUGGUAAAGCACGAGCCAUGUAAGCUUCUUUUUUUUUCUAUGCAAGAGUAUUGAUGUAUGUGCUGAAUCUUCACAGACUUGUCAAUACACAGGCACUAUUCUAAAAUAGCACUGAACUGGGGAUCAGGAGACUAUUGUCUCCUAAACCCGGGACUAGAGUUCCCUUGUACUUUCACUCCUUUGGUCAUUAAUUGCACUGGGCUUGCCCUCACUUUGGCCCUCCUAAACGCUGCUUCAUAAUCUCUCUGUCUGACUUCUGCAUCUCCUUCCAUGUCAGCUCAUUCACAAUAGCUGCUCCCAAGCCUGGAUGAGUUGCACCUUGCAGCCUGAGCAUGCAUUUCUCACAAUAAUUAUUAAGCUGUGUGAUAAUUUCUGCUUUCAGGACAUUGUCAUCCAUUAUCUUGGCUGUGAGCUCCUUGGGUACGGGUACCUUGUAUGUUUACUUUUAUAUCCCUAGCACCAAGCAAGUGCCUGGCACAUGGUCAGUGCCCUAAGUAUUUGUAGAGUGAAGAAUGCCAGCCUCUCUUGUCCCUGGUUUCCUUGUGUGUUAAAUGUGGUUGAGUUUGUCCAUCGCUAGGAGAGACUUCUAGUAAUAAAAUUUACUAUUCUAGGUUAUUCUACUGUUAUGUUUUAUCUGCCCAUUUAUCUUUUUUAGUUACCAGGAGAAAUGUGUGACACCUAUAUUAUGAUGAAAACAAUCUUAUUACUCACAGUUUAUCUAUAUUAAAGAAAUUUAAUUGCAUUUUAAAGCAUUCUUUGAUAUUGUUGCUUUUGUAAUAAAUAUGGAUAAUCUUGGUUAUAAGGGAGUUAAAACAAUGCUCUAAUAAAUAAACAAAGUGCUUCAUGUGAUCAACAUCAAA